AUGUAUAAUAUUGCCGAAAAUCCGAAUUUGAAACGAAUAAUAAAAAUCAAUAGAAACUUUUAUACCUACGCUCCAGAACCAAGUCAAAAAUUGGAUCGCAGACCAAAACAAGUACAAGACCCAGCGGAUGCAUUUUGUGAAAUGAAAUCGUGUAAUGUAGUAUUUGCUCAGGGUGCAGCUGCAACGCCAACUUGUUUAUUAGAUAGUAUGGCUAAAGUGGGUGAAGCUCAAAAGUUAAGAGAUAUCAUGGUAGUUCAUAUGCAUACUGAAGGAGAUCUCAAAUAUCUUCAUAAAGAAUACAAAGAUAUUUUCAGAAAUGCUUCAGUUUUUAUGGGUGCCAAUGUUCGAAAACCUGCGGAAGAAGGACUAGCUGAUCCUAUUCCUAUAUUUUUACAUGAAAUUCCAAAGUUGUUUAGCCGUGGUAUCAUAAAGCCCGAUCUAACGUUGAUACAUGUAUCACCACCGGAUAAUCAUGGUUAUUGUAGCUUGGGUACCAGCGUUGAUUGUGUACGCACGGGAUUAAUCUAUUCGAAGAUAAUAAUUGCUCAAAUCAAUAGACAAAUGCCUCGAACUUUUGGUGAUGGUUUAAUACAUAUAAGUCAUUUUGACUAUUGUACAGAAAUUGAUACACCGUUGCCAGAAUCUGGUGGACAAACUCCAUCGGAAGCUGAAAUUAAAAUCGGAAAAUUUAUCGCUGAAAAUCUAGUGGAUAAUGGAGCAACAUUACAAAUGGGAAUAGGAAGCAUACCCGAUGCAGUGUUAAAUGAACUAAAAAAUCAUAAAAAUUUGGGUAUACAUUCGGAAAUGUUCGCAGAUGGUGUUGUAGAUUUAGUAGAAAAAGGUUGUGUUACAAAUCAUAUGAAAACACUUUUUAGAGGACGAAUUGUUGGAUCCUUUCUGAACGGAACAAAAAAAUUAUUUGAUUUUGUUAAUAAUAAUCCAUUAGUUGAAAUGUUACGAAUCGAAUACGUAAAUAGUACACAAAUUAUAUCAAAAUUACCAAAAAUGACCGCAAUUAAUUCAGCAAUAGAAGUUGAUUUAACUGGUCAAGUAAAUGCCGAUUCAAUAGGUACUAAAAUGUAUUCUGGAUUUGGUGGCCAGGUCGAUUUUAUACGAGGUGCAGCUGAAGGUUUCGAUGGUUUAGGCAAACCGAUCAUUGCAUUACAAAGUGUGACAAAAAAGAAGCAAAGUAAAAUUGUUCCCAUUCUUAAACCAGGUGCAGGGGUUGUCACAACUCGAGCUCACGUACAUUACGUCAUCACGGAGAAUGGUAUUGCCUCUUUGUUUGGCAAGACACUUCGUCAACGUGCUUAUGAGCUUAUACAAAUUGCACAUCCUGAUCAUCGUGAAAGUUUAGAAAAAGCUGCAUUUGAACGUCUUAAAUGUAUGCCUUGCAAGUGAUAAAAUUUUCU